ACAGACACCGAGCGACAUCACAGGAGAGCACACGUGCAUCAUGCUCAAGCCCCUCCGGAACGAGGACUUGGGUGCGGCUGACGCCAAGGACUCGUGGCUUGCAUCCUUCUCUCAAGACUUCCACCGUCGCUUCCUGUCUCUCCUCGGUUUCUCCUUCAGGCCCCUGCCGCCCGCCCUCUGCCUCAGCAUUCUGGAUCCGCAGAUUGAGUUUGCAGAGGCAGAGGCACGGGAAGCAGUCGUCCCAGCAGGGCUGAUGGAGGGGAAGGCGGCACUGCUGUCUCCGUAUGAUAUGAAGCGAUUGGAAUCGUACGCCAACAACCUGGUCGAUUAUCACCUGAUCAUGGACCUCAUUCCCCCACUUGCCCGCCUAUACUUCCUGGGUCUCAUCCCUGCAUCGCUCUCCUAUGCCCAAGCUGCCAUUCUGCUCUCCUUCGGUCUACAGCAUCACGAGCUCUCCACCAUUGAGGCGAACCUUCGGCUGCCCGGGACGCAAGUUCUUGCCCUGUUCAACAAGGCGAUUCGGAAGAUUCACAGUGUUCUGUACGCUGCUGCUGCGCGCACCAUAGAGGCUGCUCUGCCCAGGAUCAAGGAGGUGGACCUGCGCCCCCACCCCCAGUCAGUGGAUGAGGAUCUUGCAGAGGCAGCAGAUCAGGCCAAGAAGGUGAUCAAAUCCCGGCUGGAGGGGGCGGCAGAGCCUGGCACAGCCACCCUGCUGACGUCACUGACACCUGGACAGAUGCAGGAGUUUGCGAUCGACGGCCGAGAUCAAGACUUUGAGGCUGCGAUUGCUGCAGGAGGGGGGAAGCUUCCAGGAAGCGGUGUGCUGAGUAUCAAGGCACAGGGAGGAGGAAAGAAGAGGGGUGGUGGUGGGGAUGGGAAUUUGGAUGGUGGUGGUGAGGGGGGGAAGAAGAGGAUGAAGGGUGGGGCAAAAGGCAAGGGGAAGGGUAAGGGAGGACGAGGGUAA